CGUGACUUCUGACCCCGCUGCAUUUACUGAUUGUUCUGUUCCUGCAUUUGGGGUAGAUAGAUCAACAUCCAAAUAAACUCACUAAAUUUGCUUACAAAAACUCAAAUCUCUAAUUCUUUCAACAAUAACAUUUGGUGGAUUGUUGCAGCUUAUUUCGCUGAUAGAGAAUAUGAUAGAGAGAGAGUGACAGCCCAUGCAAGAAUCGGCGCUCUGAAAUUGUUGUUUAACUUGAUUCAUUUUUUUACAUGAAGAAGAAUCUGUAGAUAGAUGAAAUGAAAUCCAUGGCGACUUCUUCUUCUUCCUCAUCCAAAACCUCCCUCUCCCCGCACCACCCUCCCCACUUCACUCCGAUUGAAGAGGGGAACGAGGAGGAAGAAUUCUCGCAGGGGAGGAUGAGUUUCAGAGCAACUCCGGCGAGCGACUACACGGAGAAGAGAGACAGCGAUUACACGCACUUUCCGACGCCGCUGAAUUCCGAGAAGAGCCGGCGGAGCAGCAAGACGGCGAAGAAGCGGCAGGAAAAGGAGGAGGCGAGCGGCGUGUCGUGCAAUAAGUGCAGGCCUAGCAAUAGGGAGAGGUUCUCGGUUGUUCCGUUGGAGAGCAAUAAUGGCGGCAGGCUUUCAAUGGCCAGCCCCAACGGCAUUUUCAAGUCGAUUCUAGCCUCUCUCGCGCUCAAGAGGAGCCCGAAGUCGUCGGGGUCCGCCGCCUCGUCGUCGUCGCGGGAGGAGCACUGGAAGAUCGUGGUGGCGGAGCUCUCCAACAAGCUGAUCCAGGCGAGCCGGCGCCGCGACGAGGCCGUUCUCGAAGCUUCGAAGCUCAAGUACUCCAUGGCCGAGCUGGAGAAGAAGCUCAACAAGCUCGAAAUCUACUGCCACAACUUGAAAUCCGAGCUCGAAACCUGCACCACCAGUCAUCAAAAACAGCAGCAUAAAUCGCCAUCGCGCAUCAUGAAUUACCAGCUCAUCAAAGUUGGCGAUCAGUCGAAGGUGAUCGAGCAUUUCCUGGUCUCGGUGUCGGAGACGCGGUCUUCAGUUCGGUUCCUGGCCCGGGCCCUGGGCCUUCAGCUCCGGCAGAUGGGCCCGAAAGUCUACGACCGGAUCGCGAUGCUUCUGCAGCCUUACGACAUCAAGAUUUCCAUCUCGCGGAACCCUCGGGCCCUCGUCUUCUACCUCGAGGCUCUGCUCAACCUAGCAUUCUUCGAGGAUUUCGAGUCCGCGGGCUUCCACAAGAGCGGGCCGAGCCCGAUUCUGAACCCGAUCGACCGCUGCGAGUCCAACUUCGCCAUGUUCAGCAGGCUGCAGGAGCUCACGUGGGAGGAGGUCCUCAACAAAGGGACCAGGCAUUUCAGUGAGGAUUUCAGCAAGUUCUGUGACAGGAAAAUGAGUGACAUUGUGGCUCUAUUGGGCUGGAAUCGGGCCUGGCCCGAACCCCUCCUGCAGGCCUUCUUCGGGGCCUCCAAGACCGUCUGGCUGGUGCACCUCUUGGCUAACUCGUUGCACCCGGGCCUGCCCAUUUUCCGGGUCGAUAAGGGGGUUGGGUUCGACCCGGUUUACAUGGAGGAUAUGGGUGGAGACAAGGCUAAAAAGCUCAUCCCCACCAUGGUUCGGAUCAUGGUCACUCCCGGUUUCUAUGUCUUCGAUAACGUGGUUAAGUGCAAGGUGCUUUGUAGGUAUUAUAACAACAACAACAACGACAACAAGAUUAGUGUUAGCCAUAUCUACGAUACGGGCUGCACCCCGUCCCCCUCGUAGCACGAAAUUGAAUCGAAUUAGUCCAAUAUAGGGAAAAAAGUUAUGUAAUGUUUGUUUCAAUAUUUUUUUUUCUAGUGGUCAUGUUACACUUUUCGAUUGUGUCGAUUAGUGAAAAGGUGACAAUGAGCAUGUUUUGAAAAUGUAGGGGAUACCGAGGUGGGAUUAUGAAGAAUUAGAUUUCAAUGGUUAAA